CGUGGAUGGAAAUGAAAUGAGUCAAACACACUUCUAACUGCAACGGAUUUCAUCGACUCUUUUCCACCAUGGAUUGCCAAGAAAAUGAGUACUGGGACCAGUGGGGACGGUGUGUCACCUGCCUACAGUGUGGUCCUGGACAGGAGCUCUCCAAGGACUGUGGCUAUGGAGAGGGGGGAGAUGCCUACUGCACAGCCUGCCCUCCUCGCAGGUACAAAAGUAGCUGGGGCCACCACGGAUGUCAGAGUUGUAUCAACUGUGCGGUUAUCAAUCGUGUGCAAAAGGCCAACUGCACACCUACCUCUAAUGCUGUCUGUGGGGACUGUCUGCCCAGGUUCUACCGAAAGACACGCAUUGGAGGCCUACAGGACCAAGAGUGCAUCCCGUGCACGAAGCAGACCCCCACCUCUGAGGUUCAGUGUGCCUUCCAACUGAGCUUAGUGAAGGCAGAUGCACCCACAGUGCCCCCUCAGGAGGCUCCACUUGUUGCACUGGUGAGCAGUCUGCUAGUGCUGUUUACCCUGGCCUUCCUGGGGCUCUUCUUCCUCUACUGCAAGCAGUUCUUCAACAGACAUUGCCAGCGUGGAGUUUCGGUGCAGUUUGAGGCUGACGAGGCAGCAGAAGAGUCAUUCUUCCCCAAGCCACCUGGCCAGGAGACCAGCCCAGAGUCCCCAGUGAGUGAAAACAUCUCUGAGAGCCAGCCACUUAACCCCAUCCUGGAUGACGACUGCAGCUCGACUCGUGGCUUCCCCACACAGGAGUCCGUUACCAUGGCCUCUUGCGCUUCAGAGAGCCACUCCCAAUGGGUCCACACCCCCAUUGAAUGCACAGAAUUGGACCUGCAAAAGCUUUCCAGCUCUGCUUCCUAUACUGGAGCUGAGACGUUGGGGGGGAACGCAAACGAAAGCUCUGGAGACAGGCUGCAGCUCAAUGUGCCCUUUGAAGUUGCCAGCCCUUAACUCUACUGAGGUCUCUUGGGCUCCUGGAAGCCUUGUCCCUUCAUUCUCUUUG